UCUGUUCUGUUGGUGUUCCCAACUGUCGAAUUCUUGUGUUGUUUACUUGUGUAUGUAGACGAUUUUUGACUGAAUCAGCUCAAUUUGAGUCUUUUAUAUCGUUCGGUGAAGUGUGUUAAAGUGUUCGAUAUACGUACAAUAGUGUAGAUUUACAAUGGAAUGUGACCAACAGUUGUGUGUGUAAACAAAUGUGUACAGUUGUAUUCAAUAUUUACAUUAGUGUUUGGUGCAGUGAAUAAACUAUUCAGGGAUAUUUUGGAAUUUCUUCGUUAAAAGGUGUUGAAGAGGUGCCUCGAUAAUUUCGUCACGAACAGGUGACGAUGUCGAGGGAGAUGUAGCAAAGACUAUGGAACCAGAGGGAUGGGCAUGCGGCCACAGCACCAUAAGGCCGUCCAUACACUGACCGUCACCAACGUUGCAUCUCUUCUCCUCGCAAUAAUUAUCCCAGGUGUGGUGGGUGGUUUCCAAGAUGCCGUCCACAUCACUGCUAUCCUGGGAGAGUCGGUGGUGUUCAACUGCCAGGUGGAGUUUCCGGCCGAUCACCCCGUGCCGUAUGUUCUGCAGUGGGAGAAGAAGGUAGGGGACACGGGCCUGGAGAUCCCGAUCUACAUAUGGUACGACAGUUACCCAACCCACAGCGGCGAGGGGUACGAAGGUCGGGUGUCGAGAGUGUCACCGGACUCUCCCUACGGCCUCGCCUCGCUCAACCUGACCAACAUCCGUGAGAGCGACCAGGGCUGGUACGAGUGUAAGGUGGUGUUCCUCAACCGCUCGCCCAACUCACACAAGAACGGGACGUGGUUCCAUCUCGACGUACAUGCCCCACCCAGAUUUAGCGUUACACCCGAAGACAUAAUCUACGUGAAUUUGGGGGAUGCCAUCAUUCUCAACUGCCAAGCGGAAGGCACUCCCACACCCGAAAUUCUAUGGUACAAAGAUGCCAACCCGGUCGAGCCGUCGGCCACAAUCGGCAUUUUCAACGACGGCACAGAGCUCAGAAUCGCCAACAUAAGACACGAAGACAUCGGAGAUUACACUUGCAUCGCUCGCAACGGCGAGGGACAGAUCAGUCACACUGCGAGAGUCAUCAUUGCGGGAGGUGCAGUGAUCAUGGUGCCUCCGACCAACCAGACAAGACAGGAGGGAGAGAAGGUACAGUUCUCUUGUGAAGCUAAGGCUCUGCCAGGCAACGUGACAGUGAGAUGGACCAGAGACGGAACUGCAGUGAAAGAGAUUGCCGCUCUGGAAACACGAGUAACCAUCAGGCGAGACGGCAGCCUAGUCAUCAACCCGGUAAGUGCUGAUGACUCGGGCCAGUACCAAUGUGAAGUGACAAAUGGCAUCGGAGAACCGCAGAGUGCCUCCGCAUAUCUUAGCGUUGAAUACCCAGCUAAGGUGACGUUCACCCCCACCAUACAGUAUCUACCCUUCAGACUAGCAGGGGUGGUUCAAUGCUACAUCAAAUCUAACCCUCCACUGCAGUACGUGACUUGGACCAAAGACAAGAGACUUUUGGAACCUUACCAGACCAAAGACAUUGUCAUCAUGAACAACGGGUCCCUGCUGUUCACUAGGGUCAACCAGAACCACCAAGGCAGGUACACGUGUACGCCGUACAACGCUCACGGCACGCAAGGCUCCUCUGGUCACAUGGAGGUGUUGGUGAGGAAGCCACCUGUGUUCACAUUAGAGCCGGAGCCGUUGUAUCAACGUAAGGUGGGCGAGACUGUGGAGAUGCACUGUGACGCACAAGAGGCCGAGGGAACGCAGAAACCCAACAUUCAGUGGCAGAGGAGAGACAGUCAGCCGUUGCCUCGCAAUAGAGUGAGGAUAACUGGAGGGAACAUCACAUUAGAGGGGCUGCGGCGGACUGACUUUGGCUUCUACCAGUGUGUGGCCAGCAACGAGGUGGCAACAAUAGUGACGGCUACACAGCUAGUGGUGGAAGGCACACAGCCUCAUGCGCCAUACAAUGUGACAGGCAAUGCUAGUGAGUUCAGUGUCACACUGCAAUGGCUGCCUGGGUACAGCGGAGGUCCGGACUACAAACAGGACUACACUAUCUGGUAUCGUGAGGCUGGAGUGUCAGACUGGUCCACUAUCCCGGUCACUCCUUCAGGAAGCACUCAAGUGACCAUCAACCGGCUCACUCCCGGAACAACAUACGAGUUCCAGGUCAUCGGGAAGAACGCUCUCGGCGACGGGAUGCUGAGCAAAGUUAUCACUAUCAGAACACUUGAUGCCAAGACGGCUUCAGACCCAAAACCUCAACCGACUGGAGACAAGCCCAAAAACCCUGAUAACCCUUUCAAACCUCCCCCUGGACCCCGUCCGGGACAUCCUCGUAAUCUAACGGUGACAGAAGUUCACAACGGGUUUGUCAUCACAUGGCAGGCUCCCCUAGAGAAGGCCAACCUGGUACAAUACUACACCAUCAAGUACCGGACUGACGGGCCGUGGAAGACACUGAACAAGGCGCAGAUCCGUGCUGAAGAGACCUCCUACCUUGUAAAAAACUUGGUGGGAGGAAGAACCUAUUACUUCCGUGUGUUGGCAAACUCUGUGAAAAGUUACGAGAGCAGUGAAGAGGUGAAAUUCUCUGUCCCUGCGAGAGUCAAACACAAGGCCAUCACAGCUGGUGUGGUCGGAGGAAUUCUGUUCUUCAUCGUCGCCAUCAUCUUGUCAGUCUGCGCAGUCAAAAUCUGCAACAAACGCAAACGUCGGAAACAGGAAAAAGCUUACAAUAUGGUGGCCUGUCGUAUAACAGACGCCCGUAACGGAGGUCAACCUCCCGGAGUAAGCCAAGUGCCUUUGAAGAAAUUUGGACAAAGCAGAGUACCAAGUGUAACCGGACUGUUGCGGGGCCUGGUGCGGGGGGUAAGCAGGACCCCCACCCCCCCGUGGGAGGCACAAUUCUACCUGGGCGGGACUCGGAGACUAGGCCGCAUCUCUCGAGCACCUGAUGGUCGCUUCGUCGUUGUCGACUCAGCCGCCAACUCAGUGUCCUCAAGUAGUGACGAUGGUGGUUUCCUCUCUCGCCCAGGUUUCCACAAUCGAGCGUCCUGGCGUCGCCCUCUUGUCGGGUACCCGAGUGACCUCAGCCUACGAAGCAGUGCCUCGGGCGACAGUGUCACCCGAACUCCUCUUCACAUCGCGACGGUCUACACUCCGAAAACGCCAUUCCAUAGCAGUCCUACACCAUCUGUUUUCUCCCCUAUUCGCUCUCCGGUAUACUUCUCCGAUCUGAGUUCUGUGCGGCAACCAAGCUCAGCAGAACGGACGUUGCGAAGUGUGCACGAAAUGUACAGUCAGGAAUUGCCGAGUUUGCGGGCGAUUCACGAAGAGAACCAAAGAACAUUAGGUCAGAGAAGAACGAGGUCGAGACUUCCGCAACGAUACGCGAGGAGUGCACCAGACUUGACCGAAACGUCCCCGGAAAGUAGAUCCAGCAGUAGCGGCUUCGGCUCGAAGAACACUUCCCAACGUACAACAUCGAGCAACACCGGAGAGUGGCGACUUCCUCCGUAUCGACCCCCGCCUCCUCCGCCUGUGGUGUCGCACUGGUUAGAGUUAACCUCGGAUUUCCCCAGCCCAUCGCUCAGCGUCGACGACCACUACGAGUUCGAUCCUGUCUACCCGAUCUCGCCUACACCCACCGAGAUGACUCGCUCGCUCAACCCCGCGCACGUUAGGUCAACCAAGUAUGACAACAUAGAGGCGAGGGUCCAGGCCAUGAAGGAGGAGUUUCAGGCCUUUAAGCAGCGCCAGGCGCGAAGGAGGCAUAGUGAACACCUGGAGAGUGUUUGCUGACCAACUGUUGAAGGCUCAAUUGAUAAAUAUUCUAUCCAACCUAACCUAAAACAUCCCUACUGCUACGCAGUCAAGUCAAGAGAGGUUGAAGAAUAUAUGUUGGUUGACCCUUUGAUUAGUGAUAUUUUAUUCACAGUUCACUAUGUAUUUAUAUUGACCCGGUUCUAUUUUUUUCAAAUUUAUCGAAUACCUUUUAUUUGAAAACAAUUAUAAAUUAAGAGUGUAAAAUGCCCGACAAACCAAAUCAGGAAGCACAAACAAAGUCACAAAGUGGUUGCCUACCGACAAUGACAGGUUUCAUUCUAAAUACUGUGGCUUAACUAGACUGCUCAACCCCUAUAAAUGUAGCACAAAAUAGUUGUUCAGUUUAGUUUUAUUUUGUUACCAAUGUUUUAUGUAAAUUCAUUUAAAGGUAGGUAGUAGAGUUUAUUUUUCUUAGUAGCUAAUUACCUCGUACUUAUAAUUGUUUGAUCAAAAGUAAAAAUAAUAAAAUAACACAAUUGUAAAUCUUUGAAAAAAAUAUUUUCUUAUUAAUUUAAUUAGAGUUUUAAUCAUCACGAUCAAAGAUACACAAAUUAAUAAUUUAAACCAUUUAACGUUCUUUCGUGCUGAUCUCAAACUACCACCAAAGUCUGAGUUGUGACCAAGGUGGAACCGACAACUCUUUUCCUACGUACGAGGUAAAAGUGUAUUAUUCUGUCCAUUGUGCAUUGUGUUGUGUUUUGACGAUACAACGAGAGUCAGCAGUUUCAAGUGUACAGUGAGGGACUCCCUGAGCCCAAUAGACUACUAAUACUAUUAUAAUAUGUAUUAUUAUAUAUAUGAUAUACCUAUAAAGUUAAGUCGGAUCUAUUUAUUCACUCACUGUUUCCACCUCAGCUGAAACGGUCAAGUGUCGGAAACCGGCGUCAUUGUAAAUAUCCGAGACCCGGUGUUUCCUAGUUUUGUAAAUAUUUUAAAAAUAUAUAGCGGAUAAGUAAUAUUUUAGAGCAGGUGGUAAAAUGCUGAAAAUUAAAUACUGCAUAAAUAUACAGAACUAUUUUCCAUUUUGCAAAAACUAGGCCUAAUAUGUACUGUAAAUAUCUUAGUUUAAACUAGCUAUAAUUAGUUUCUCUAUCUCUUUUAUAACUCGUUCGGGCCGUACGAUGAGGUUUCCGACCGUGAAGUGGUUUUACCUGUUGCGCAAAUAGGCUUAAACUGAGUGUAAAGGUUAAACCAACUUGUACGACAAGGUUUAACUUAAACAACGAGGUCUGAACCGACUUGUACAACUAUGUUUAACUUUCUUGUACGAGGUUUAGCCGAUUUGUACAACUAGGUUUUACUCGUACUAUGGGGUUCCUUACCUUCCUUAGGCGAUGGGAGGCCGAGAAAUUAAGCAAUAUCGGUUAUAUUUCAAAUUGUGAUAUGAAAUUCUAUAUUUUUAUUUGAUUAAAUACCGAUAUCUUACCCAAAAUAUGAUCUGUUAUCGACAAAGCGUUGUAUGUUUAAGUUGUCGAAUACUGUUAGAUUUGAAUAUUUAGGUUAUGACCGGUUCAGUUGAUGAGGACAGAACAAGCGAGCUCAUCUACGGAUUUGUGCACACACGACGUUUUUUAUCAUUAAAACAAUUACUAAAAACAUUGUUUAAGGUUAGUUGAGGACCUAUGUUCGACACUAGGUAAGGAAAAUGAAUUCUAACGCUUUCGACAACUGUGCAUCUAUUAUGUUUUUACUAAAGAGUUAUUAUUGUGAUUGAGGUUAUGAUUUUGUAAAAGCGUUGUAAUUAUUGAAUUAUUAGAUGAUUGUAUUUAUUUUUGUGGUAGUUAACACCCUUGUGUACAAAGACGUUUGGAAGACAACAAACUUUGUAAGUAUUGGGAACGAAUUUAUGAAAAACUCAUACAAAACAAGUUUGAACAUUUUAAUAAACAUAAAUACUAAAAAAUUAUUUUUCAAUUUAGUUUGUAACUUCUUGUAAACAUUACAAGAGAUCAUUCAAACAAUGUAAUCUAUCUUUUAGAAAUUAAUUUGUAAUUUAUAAGUGAUUAGUUCCUACUAUAUAAGUGUACAAACUGUAUUUCUUGUGUUGAUUUUCCAAACACUUUCUAUACAAGGUUUAUCUAAACAAUAUAGAUGAUUAAGUUAUUUAUGGUUGGGUCCACAUUCAAGAUUCUAAACAAACGUGGCGAGUAUCGAUUAAGUCAAACCAUGUGCAAUUCCAUGAUAUUGUUUUGUAAGUACAAACUAAGUUUUAUUAGAUGCUAGGCAUUGUUUUGUAGAUAAUUAUUUAUUUGUUUAAGAUUAUCGUUUGUUGUAUUUUAUGUAUUUAUCAUUGUAUUAUCGUUUUAAGUUUGAUUAUGAUAGUUGUGUUUAGGUCAGUCCGUUUUUAUUUUGGAUAUUUUGCUACGAUUUUAACAGGAUUUUUAAAAGAAUUAACUAUAACAAUCGAUAAUUAUGUUAAUAACGACACCAAAAGAGUAAUUACUAUUAUUAAUUAACUUGGAACUACAACACUUCAUUUUUAGAUCAUUUCAUUCAAAACUUAGAAUAUUCUUAUAAAGUAUUUGCUUUUGCUAGUGUUUGCUUUUGCUGAAUAUUGUAAAAGCAUUAUACUUAAUAUAGUUUUAAUCAUUUAGUUGACUAAAUUUUAUGAUGGAUUUUUGUGGUGGGUGGUAUUAGAAGGGGAGAUCUACUUAAUUUAGAUAUCUGCCAGAAUCAGAGUGUUUCCUCCAACAUAAUCUCUGAUUGAGUAAAGAGAUCAGAUGUUUUUACUGAUUACAGCUUAAAAUUAAUUAUUAAUGUCCAACUUCUUUUCUUAAUAAUUGUCUGUAGGCUUUGAUUAUAGUUCUUCCGCUAAGAUUUUAAUUAAGAUUUAAAAUUCUCUUGAUUUUUAAAACUCCUCAUCAAUAAAAAUCGUAACAAAAUAUAUUGUGUGAUUGUAACUGAGUGAAGACUAAUUUUAAUACUUUUUGUUAGUUGAGAGAUUUAUUAUACUUUUGUCAUUUUGAUCUCAUUUUGGUUUUAACGAUUUUACAAAUGAUUUGUAUGAGUAUUACUGGAUUAAGUUAUAGCAGUUUGGUUUUUAUUAAGCUAAAUGGCCUACAUAGUAGUGUUGCAUUUUGUUUGUAAAGUUAGUUAUUUAUUUUCCAGUUUGAUAUGAGACUGUCAGAGAAGGAAUGUCUAAUAAACGAGCGUCAUGUCAUC